AUGUUGACGCGGCCACCUCCCUGCGUCCCGACGGGCACCAUCCCCACCCAAUCCCAUUUCGCCGCUGCUGCUGCCUCUGCCCCGCCUGCUGGUUUGGGUGGGGGAGAUAGUGGGGAGGGGAGUGGGAAGGCGGAUGGAGGUGGGAGUGCUGGUGUGGAUGCAAAGGGGACGGACGGGGGUUCGGUGGCAGGGGGUAAAGGGGGAAGCAGCUCUGAGAGUGGUGGUGCUGGUGGUGCUGGGGUUGGUGGUGCUGGUGGUGCUGGCGGUGCUGGUGGUGCUGGUGGUGCUGGUGCCAGUGAUGGCGGUGAUGGUGCUGGGGUGGGUGGUUCUGGCAGUGGCGAGAGAGGGGAAGGUGGAGAAGACAGGGCGGGCAGUGGGAGUGAAGGGAAGGAGGGUGUGGAGGGGAGAGGGGAGGGCGAGGAGGUGAAAGUAGGGGAGCGUUCAGGAGUUGAUGGGGCGGAGGGAGGAGACGGUGCAGGGAAGAGGGGUGGAGAGGGCGAGGGUGGGGAAGGUGAGGGGGAGAGGGUAGGAGAGACGGGAGAGAGUGAGGAAGGCGGUGAGGUGAGAAGUAGGGGAGGCAGUAGGGGAGGCGAGACUGAGGGGGAAGAGAGCGGGUUGGGGGGGAAGAAGGUAGAUGAGGGGACGUUUGAGAGGGGGGAGGAGGAGGGUGGAGGGGAGGAAGGUGGAGAAGAGGAGGAGGGAGGUGAGGGAGGAGGAAAGAGUGGAGGGGACGAGGAUUUGGGGGGGAAGAAGGUGGAUGAGGGGACGUUUGAGAGGGGGGAGGAGGAGCGUGAGGGUGAGGAGGAGGGGGAGAGUGAGGGAGGAGGAAAGAGCCGAGGGGAUGGGGGAUUGGGAGGAGAGAAGGUGGAUGAAGGAACGUUUGAAAGAAAAGAGGAGGAGGGCGAGGGUGAGGGUGAGGGUGAGGGUGAAAGGGAGACUGAGAGGAGAGGGGAGAGCGGAGGGGAAGACGAGCUGGGAGGGGCAAAGGUGGAUGAGGGGACGUUCGAAAACGAAGGUGAGGGUGAAGGCGAAGGUGAAGGGGAGUUGGGCGGAGGUAAGGUGGAUGAGGGAACGUUUGAGAGAAAAGAGGAGGAGAGCGAAGGAGAGGGGGAGGAUGGGGAUGAUAGCAGGGGGAAGGGGGAUGGAGAGCUUGGUGGGGCUAAGGUAUCAGACGGCACGUUUGAGAGGCAGGAGGAGGGCGGACAGGAGGAGGGUGGACAGGAGGGAGGAGACGGAGAGAGGGGGGGAGAAGGCGGGACGAGGAGUGGGGAGUUGGGCGGAGUGGAGGUGGGGGGUGGGACGUUUGAGCGGAGUGGGGAGGGAGGGGAAGGGGAACAGCCUGCAGGAGAGGGUGAGGCGGUGGCAGGUGGUGGUGGUGAGGAGCAGAAGGACGGGGAGGGGCAGAGCGCAGGAGGCGGAGGAGAGGGGAGCGAGGCAGAAGCGAAAGCAGCGGCAGAAGAGAGUGAAGAGCCCAUGAUGGAUCAUAUUCCCGGCAGCAUGGUAAAAGGGAGAGCGGCAGUGGAGGCAGUGCAUCGAGCGCUGGAGUGUGUUGUGAAGGACGGGCGGUGGAAGGCGAAUGAGGAGAUGCGGGUGCUGCCGUGGAACCGCAACCCCAACAGCGACCCACAGCUUCCUCAUUACGGCACCUGUGACCUGCUGCAUGAGACCGAAGCUGGGGGUGUGAUGGGUGACGUGGCAGACGAGAUAGUGCGAACAAAUGGCAGCCCGGCGGAUUGGAAAGUGCGGCCAGAGCUGCUGUGGGACUGGAAGCCGGCCACGGGGAGGGGGUGUCCGCCCUACGUGCCGUUCACACGGGAGAAGCUGUGCCGCCUGCUGGCCCGGCGCAACGUGGUCAUGGUGGGGGAUGGGACCCAGCUGUUGCUGCACGACGUGUUUCUCAACAACAUGUACUCUCUGCAAGCAGUGGACCAGAUGGGCAAUCUGGAGGAUGCCUGGGAGCGAGAGGGCGAGCCAGACUGUGCGGACGAGGGCCACACGCUCUGCUCCAACAUCUCACCAGGAGCCACUUUCACCAUGCGCGUGGUGCACAACAACCUGCUGUCCGCGGACCUACCUGGGGGCGGCAAGUACAACAAGCGGUGGAUCAAACGCCUGCAGGGGUGGAACACGUCUGUGGUGAUCAUCAACAAGGGCGCCCAGCUGCGGCCCAGUGCGUCCAAGCGGUACAUUGAGAGUCUAAGAGACACGAUGCAGCUGCUGCGGCAGCUUGCUCCAGAUGUGCUGGUGGUGUUCCGCAGCACGUGGCGCGGCCAUGUGGACUGUGGGCGCGCGGAGGGCCCUCUCAAGGAGGUACCGGGCAAGGGCGGCGCCACCCUGCCGUGGGACUUUGCGCUCGAGCAGAACGCUGCUGCGCGUGCCAUCAUGAAGGAAUACGGUGGCAUAUACCUGGACAUCGACACGCCGCUCUCCAUGCGGCCGGACGGCCAUCUGCGCAAGCUGAGUGGCGCCAUCGACUGCUACAUGUACUGCGUGCCGGGGCCGCUCGAUAUCUUCAUGCGCUCGCUGCUCAACAUGCUGCUCGUGCUCAAGCAACAUGAAUCCUUGUCGCGGAAGGGCACGGCGAUCCCGGCGGCGCUGGCGGUGGAACGAAGCUUCGAUCCGGCCGACAGCAAUAGCUUCUUACCGGGGGGGCUUGUAAUGAUGCAAGGCGUCUUGCACGGCGCCGACACCACUUGGGUGGAAGCGACGGUGAUCUGGCAUCCGCUGACGGCGGGCGAGGCGGGCGCGCUCAAGGCGCUGGUGGCGGCGGACGGGGACUACCGCGUGCGCCUUGCGCCCAACCCCUUCUCCGCCGCUCCCCCGCCCCAGGGCCACGUCAUCGCAUGGGGCCGCGCGCGCUGCCUUGCUGCAGCUGGCUUUCGCGACUCGCUGCACCUCCUCUUUGAUGCGGGUGGCAGGCUGAUAUCAGCGCAUGUGAAAGCGCAAGCGGGGUGCACCCCAGCCUCCACUGCCGCUCUCGAUGUCGAUGCGGUGAUGGCGGUGCCUCUUAUCGUACUCAACUCUGACGUCACCAUUCAUGCCAGCACCAUCGCCCAACGCCUGCCUGUGCGCAGGGCCCCAAUGGGGGGGGGCGCGGUGGGCGCAGGGGGAGCAGCAGGGGGGGGCAUGGGCGGAGAGGAGGACCCUAUGGCGCCCCCAGUGCCGCCCAAGACCUUCUGGCAGAAAUAUUGGGUAUUCAUCAUGGCGGGGGGCUUGCUCGUGCUCAACGUCCUCACAGCCCUCGCUGGCCCCGAUGCUCCUCCAGCCGCUCAAGGGGGAAGUGCUGGGGGAGGGGGAGGACCCCACCCCCACUCUCCCAUGGGAGUUAUGCUGCUGUGGGAUUCGCUCUCCUUGGCUCUCCUGGGCUCCUUCCUCCCCCUCUUCAUCCCACCCCCUGUGGUGCACAUGCAGUUCACAACAGGGUUUGAGGAGAUGGAGAUAGAGAAGUGGAAGGGGAGGGUACCGUGCUGGGCAAGCCACUGUUGGGAGCUCAAGGGAGUGUACGAGUGGUGCUGCCAGGCCUCUACACGGAUGCACACAUGGUGGUGCAUGGAGUGA